AAGUACUGUGGUUGGCUGUGCUGUGCUGUGUACGUUGGUGUGGUCCACAGCUACACUGCUCUUGCCAAUACUACACGAACAAAGUUGAUGGCUUCUACAUUUGUCACCUCUGUAGAAAGUUGAGUGUUGAAACAUAAAGGAAUGUCAAGGUGUUUAUAUGCCCUGUUGCAUUUCUGCAUACACAACAAACUUGGAGCACUUGGUAAUCAAAUCCCACACAGGCAUGCUUUGGAAAGUUACUCAUAUUUGACACUGACUAGCAGUGAAAACACAGCCCACAGUGAAAAUGGAAUACAGUGGAACUUGAAUGCAUGUGAAAUAUUUGUUCCAUCCUGUAAAAUCUGUGUGCUGCAAGACCGAGCACUGCUGCAUUCCUUUUGUGAGGUUUGCCCCGAGGGUCUGCACUGACAAGGGUAGUCACCAGUGCAAUGGUGAGAAAGACUAUGAAAACGGAGCAGGCAAGCGACAACACGCCCCUCUUUUAAGGAGAAGAGUUCGAAGGGAUUGUAGCAGUUGUGACAUAAAGAUACUUGUCAUGAGAUCUUUUUUCUUUAAACUAGUUUAUGCAAUCAGAAAUUUAACACCACGCCACUAUAGCAUAUUAAAACAUACACACACCAGCCAGUUCACUUAGCUACACUGGUUCAAAUUAAUUCAUUCUAAUAUGACGUAAACUUUCUAACCGUUGUAACGUUCAGAUCAUGUUGAAACAGCGUCGUAAGGUGGUAAAUCAACUAGAUGAUCAUUGUGGAGGAUGUCAUUUGUGGCGCUGUUAAACUGAACUGAUGUAAACAGGAAGACACCUAGUUCCCAAUGAAACAGAAGUGUGAAACUGAUGUGUGUUUCUGUUAAGCCUACCCCAAUGACUAAAAUGCAGUUGUAAAAAUAAUUAAAACAUGUGUUAGAACUAUUUCAUUUUCACUAGUAUACCUAAAGAACUGGCAAGUGAGUGCACACUUCUCAAACUAGAAUUUGUAGACUUGGUUUAUCUUACUCUUACUUCUAAAUUAACAGUUAAGUUAAAAACAGAUAAAACAUAAAUUGACCCUUUUACAACACUAAAUUGAACUUUUCACACCCAGUUUUUUCUUAGGUACAUUAUGUGAAUAAUUAAAUGUGUCUUUGACUGGUUAAGAUAAAUUUGAAAUAAAAAUGUUUAUCUCAGGUGCUCUCCAGGGCGGACAUCUACACCGACUUCUUCUUUCCCAAGAGCUCCGUACCCAAAUCUGACACGCACAAUACAAUGUACAAUUACAGCACCUUCUGUCAGUGAGUUACUGCUAUUCUAUAUCAGCAGACUAGAAAAUAUAGUUAACCAUCAACUCCAACCAUCCGUGCAGCUUUUGAACCAGGGGUCGUAAACAUGAAGGUAAUGAAACAACCUGCACUUAACUCUAACAUUAAUUAAGAAACCUUUAAGCUCAGAGAGAAAACUACCAGUAGUUGGUUAAUUUCAUUUAAUCCUUGAAGCAACCUAGUGAUGAAAACCUUUGAAGCUCUCUAAACACAUAAAAUGUCAUUCAAAUUUGUCAGCAAUAAACUGCUUAGUGUGUGAAGAAAGGAGAGUGGGGAGAUAGAGCUGGAGAUAGGAAGAGAGAAAGGGAGAGAGACCACACCACCACUGUAGGUGUGAACUGCUCCAGUCAGUAGCAUGUGCACUCUUUCAUCGUACUACUAAGUUAUCCUGUUGGUGAACACCAGCUCACUGGAGACAUAACGUUAGAACGCUGCCACCGCAUUGAUCCUGCUGCUGGUGAGUGAUCAAGUUUCAUCUGUUUUAAUAUUCUCUACUGAUGUGUCAAAACUGAUUUUUAUUCAUGCAUUAAGAAAUGCCACUUUUAAAUCUAAUGCCUGACGUCAUCAGACCUUUGUGGAAAAUUUAAAGACUUGCACACAGCUUAGAAUUAUAUUUUUUCUGGAUAUACAGGUUUUAGCUUUUAACUGGCUUUUGCAGUUAAAGAACCAAAUAAAGGCAAAAAAGGUAACAAUAAUAUUAAGGAUGCCAAUCAACUACUAACUAGAACUAUUAACAUUAUGACAGUAACUCUAAAGCACACAAAGCAAUGAAAAAUUAUAUGUCAGGAAAAUAAAAUACCUAUAAAUUCAUUUACAAAAAAUAAAUAAAAUGGGAGGUUGGUCCUAAAAGUCCUACGAAACUGCUUUAAAAAAUGUCCCAAAAAGUGUCACAUAUGUGAUGACUUAUAUGAAACAUUAGUGUGACUGCAGCAAAAUGUUAACUGAAAGAUGUUUAAAUGGAGAUUUGCUUAUCCACCAUGAACAUAGUUAAAUUAACACAUCUUAUGAUCUCAACAAGUGACUAACUUUAUGAGUUUCAGUAAAUUCGUAUUAAACUCUGCAUGUAAUGAAAGCAAACGUUUACCUGUUUUAUGAGGAAAAGAGGUUGUAUGCAAACUUAACUGUCUAUGUAUUUGAAGCCAUUCGUGUGCAUUCUCAUCACCCCAGCAAAUGUACAUACCAUAAAAUGUGACGGUUUGACCUGAUUAAUGUUUCACUUGCCACAGGUUUAAUUGUUCCAACAGAGGCCACCGAACAUGCUCCUUCCUUUCAUCAUAUGCUCACUUCAACCAACUGAAUCUCCAGAUAUGUCAGCAACACAGUGAUGUAAAGACUGGGAAUUGAAAUUCAUUUUGAAAUAUGGAGCUGUGGAAUAUGACUGAUUUAACAGACAAGCCAACCUCAGCUUUGUUGAACUGUACUGUGGACACAAGCUACCGCUUCACCUUCUACCAAGUGUCCUACAGCAUCAUCUUCCUACUGGGUUUGGUCACCAACAGCUUGGCUCUACGCAGACUGUGUCUAUCUUCCUGCACCAUGAACAGCACAGCCAUUUACAUGGCGAGUUUAUCAACCGCUGACUUGUUUUUUGUGAUCUCUCUCCCUCUGAGAAUCUACUACUAUCACCAAAAAGCUCAAGCUUCCAAUACGGGAGUUUGGUCCGGUUGGACUCCCGGGGUGGCUUACUGCCAGCUCACUUUCUCCCUCAAAUACAUCAGUUUGUAUGGGGGCAUCUUCUUCUUGGUGUGCAUUGCUGUGGAUCGUUACUUUGCUGUAGUGCAUCCCCUUGCAUCAACACUCCGCAGGUUGCGUGUCGCACAGAUGGUAAGCGGGGGGAUCUGGUGCCUGGUGCUAGGGCUCAGUGUGAGUCUCCCUUUGUUGCAUUUGGCAGCCACUCACCAUAACCAGGGCUGUCUGCUGGACCCUUCCUCACAACGCCACCGCACCAUCAUCCUGGUGUCCCUGGGCUUAGUCAUGGUGUCAUUUCUGCUGCCCACUCUGCUGCUCCUCUACAGCUACUGCAGGGUGCUGAGCGUGCUUGGCCAACCGAGACGCCGCUGCCGCAGCAAUCACCACAACCGCCGGCACACUCUCAGGGUUAUUUACUGUGUGCUGGGUGUCUUCCUGGUGUGCUUCCUCCCCUAUCACAUUAACUUGCUGGGAUAUACCCUGACACAUCUGAAGUUGCUGCCUCAUUGUGGUCUAGCCAAGGUGACCAAAUAUAUGCAGCCCGUGGUACUUUGUCUAGCCAGUUUCAACUGCUGCCUCAACCCACUCAUCUAUUACUUCUCCAGUAGCCUGGUGCAUAAGGAGGUGCCUGGUGGUGGAGGCAGUGGGAGCCAGUGACACAGUAAUAAACAAGAAAAUCUACAGUAUAUGUAUAGACCACAAAUAUAUAAAACUGUCAGUUUUCAUAUAUUAUGCUGUUGCCCCUAAUGCACAAUUUUCUGUUAUAAAUAUGUGUCAGUACCCAGUGUGAAAUAUUGAUAUUACAUGUUUUUCAUAUUUUGGGAUUGUUCCUAUAUCGAGCAUUCUUUAGUAGUUUAUAUUCAUUUUAUGUUAUUCUUAAAAUGUAGUAAUUGUCUUGUCAAAACCAAUAAAAGGAUUGGUAUGUUCA